ACUUUAACAGAGAGCGGGGCUUACGAACGUUUUAAUGGAUGUUGAGUCGUCAGAGUCCGAACAGUUGUUGGUCGAGGAAUACAAAAAUCAAGGAAACUCAUGUUAUAAACAAGGGAUGUACAAUGAAGCUAUAGCAUGGUAUACAAAAGGCAUAGAAAUCGAUAGUACCAAUGUGUUUCUGUACAAUAACCGCUCCGCAGCUUACCUGAUGAUUAAUAAACCUCUUGACGCUUAUAAAGAUGCUAACAGAAGUAUCAGUUUAGAUUCCCAGAAUGUAAAAUCUAUACUACGUUGCUUAAAAUGUUGUCUUAUUUUGGGUGAUUUAAAUGAAGCCAAACAUCUGUGUUCUAUAGUUAGACAGCUGGAACCAACUAAUAUGGAAUUUUCGUCAUUGCUGCAAAAAAUUGAAUUACUAUCAGAAACUCACCGAUCUUACGAAGAUAAAUUAUCCACAUCUGACUUCCGACACGCUCUUCAUUUAAUCACAAAGUGCAUUGAAUUAGCUCCAGCUUCACUAAGUUUCAACUUAGAAAAGCUGAACAUCCUCAUUCAAUUAAAACGAUUCAGUGAAGCCAAGAUUUUAGUUGAAAACUUAUUGCAUUCCCAUUCUUCAUCAGUUGAUCUACUCUUUUAUCGAGGCCUGUGCCUGUACUAUUUGGAUCAUUUAGAUAAAGCAAUUGUUCAUUUUCAACAUGUUCUACGCCUUCAUCCAGAUCACAUAGAAACUCAGAAAGUGUACAAGCGAGCCAAAAAUCUCCUGAAAUAUAAAGAAGAAGGAAAUACACUUAUACAUGAUCACAAAUAUUCUCAAGCGUUUGAGGCCUACACAAAAGCCUUGGAAGUGGAUCCUUCACACGAUAUGAUUAACGCAAAAUUGUAUUGUAACCGUGCUUGUGCUCUUUUUUACCUUGAUCGUUUCGAUGAAGCCCUAAACGAUUGUGAUAAUGCAAUUUCCUUGGAACCAAACUAUUUAAAGGCUCGAAUUCGACGAGCUAGGUGUUAUUCAUCUCUUGAAGAAUAUGAAAAAGCAGUUGAGGAAUGGACUGCAGUAGUAAAAUUAGACGGAUCACAAGAAAAUAAAAAAUCUUUACAAGCUGCUAAAUCUGCUCUUUCCGUGUCUCAACGUGAUUACUAUAAAAUACUUGGUUUGAAAAAGAAUGCCUCUUCCGAUGAUAUAAAACAAGCGUAUAGAAAAAGUGCACUUUUAUAUCAUCCAGAUCGUCAUACAAGUGCCGAUGAAGCUACUGUAAAAGAAAAGGAACGGAAGUUUAAAGAGAUUGGAGAAGCCUACAGUAUAUUAUCAGAUCCUGUAAAACGUCGUCAGUAUGAUAAUGGUGAACUGUCGGGAGAUGAUGCUUUUGGUCAAGGAAAUGUAUCUGCUCACAAUUUGUUUACUCAAGUCUUUCCUGGAUUUGGAACAUCUACAGUACAUUUUUAUUUUGGUUAAUAUUCUACACAUUGGUAUAUACAAUUAGUGCCGGAGUUAGUAUACAUCAGGUUGUAAUUGUAAUAAACCUUCCUCUCUGUUUAUGUACAAAAAUUGGGCGACAAAAUAUAUAUUGUUUAUUUAUCAGAUAUCUUUGUGGUUAAUACUUUGUCUCUGUUAGACACAUAGAUGUUGAUAUCAAUACUUAUAUGAGUGUCCAUGUGUGUAUGAACAUUUUUAAAUCAAUGAUUAAUAUAAUGUUGGAAAUAAUUCACCGGGUAUAUUAUUUAAUUCUAAAUGUUCUUUGAAUUCAUACAUUAUGAAUACAUAUUUAAUGUGCCUAUACAUACAUAUAUAUUAGAAGUUUUUUGAGCUAAUAUUAAUGAAAUGAAUAAAAUAGUCAUUUUCAAUUGUAUUGCCAAACUGGUUAGUGUCUGUUUUUUCUCUUAAAAAUGAUUUUCAAUGAUAAUGUGAUUAACUUAAUACUGUUAAAAUGAUUUUAUUCAUUUCUCUUUCUGUUCUUACUCUUUCAUACUUGUUUUUGAAAUUAACUCAGUAAUGACCAAAUAACUUGACAUGGUUCAAGAACCUAUUUUAAAUUUUGAUGGUAGGAAAAUUAGUGUUUCAAGUUAUCAGAACCACCUGAUUGUCAUGAUUUAAAAUAUCUAUCGAUGCUAUAAGUACAUCAGUCAUUUUUUUCUUAUAUAUACAGUCAGGUGAAUAAAACAAAUUUCUGUGACGAAAUUUGAUUGGAUAACUGAAUCAUUUUUAGUUGAUCCAUAUACAACUUAAAACCGUGGUAUAUUUGCGUUUAUUCAAGUUAUCAUGCAGUACUAGCACAGUAGAAUACAAUUAUCUAAACCAAUACCAGAUCAGUAGAAAAGAUCAAGUAUAAAAGGAAAAUGCAUAAGAAUAGUCUCAGUUUUUUAACUGCAAUAAUACGCAACGGAACUGAUGCAUUAUUUCAUGAAUAAUUCACAUUAUAACCCACUGCCGGCUGCAGUGUCAUCAAAAAUACAGUAAACAUUUAUGGAAUACAAAUGACAGUAAUUUAUUUAUAUAAUUUUUGGGGAUGCUAGAUUCCCAGGAAUCACUUGGUAAACGUCUUAUUUUUAUAAUUUUACUCUGGAAAUUUAAACUUCUUGUUUUUGCGCUUAAAGCGCCCACUAUUACCUUCGGUUUGUAUUUCCCAUUCGGAAGGACCCUAAAUUUCAUUGAUUCGUUUCCUCUUUUAGUACGUUAUUUUGUGACGUUUCCCAAGGACCUUUUUAUACUGUAUGUAUAUGCUUGAGUUGUGUGCUUGUUUGUUCGUGCUUCUGGCUGUUUGUGGAAUAUACAUUCCCCUACAGUUGUCAGGGCUGUUACACAUCGGAAUAGUUGAGCGUGUCUUGUCGUUG